CCCCACAAUGCACCGCGCCUCAACUAUCUUUCUUGGAGCAGGAUCUCAGUUAGACAGCUUUUUCCCGAAAAGAAGGGGGGUCCUCGAGGCCGGUGCAUUCUGGGCUUUCUUUUUCCUCCUCGGGAUCCGCGGGCGACACGAUGGGCAAGUGUCGUGGACUUCGUACAGCCAGGAAGCUGCGCAGUCACCGUCGUGAACAGAAAUGGCAUGACAAGCAAUAUAAGAAGGCCCAUUUGGGUACUGCUUUGAAAGCCAAUCCUUUUGGGGGAGCUUCUCAUGCCAAAGGAAUUGUUCUGGAAAAAGUUGGUGUAGAGGCUAAGCAGCCAAAUUCUGCUAUUAGAAAGUGUGUCCGAGUCCAGCUCAUCAAGAAUGGGAAGAAAAUAACAGCUUUUGUUCCCAAUGACGGUUGCUUGAACUUCAUUGAGGAGAACGAUGAGGUUCUGGUUGCUGGCUUUGGUCGAAAAGGACAUGCUGUUGGUGACAUUCCUGGAGUUCGUUUCAAGGUUGUCAAAGUGGCAAACGUUUCCUUGUUAGCCUUGUACAAAGGCAAAAAGGAGAGACCCAGAUCAUAAAUUUUAUUUUGCUGUUAAGAUAAUAAACAACCAUUUGCUCCUAA